AUGACAUCGACCCCAAUAACGUCAAUGGGAAUAUUUUAUAGUGAGCAAUCACUGAAAUGUGAAUUAUACUUCGAUGAUCCCUGUGGAAAACAGAGUUUCGAAUAUAAGGAAACAAGGAAAAGGAACGAUUUUUUGAAAAACUUCGUUGAAGACCUGGAAGAAAUAAUCAAUAAUCAAAAAUCUCUCGUAGAUUCUCUCAAAAUCAAAUACAGCGGACUUGAGGAAAACUAUACAAAGGAAAAGUUGGACCCAGUGAUUCACCAGAUAUUCAAGUGUCUGGAAUCGAGAAAAGAUCUUCUUCAAGUCAAAAGACUAUCGAUCGAUGCAGUUGAUAUGAGCCAGGCAAUGACAGUCGUCAAGUUAUUGGAUCCAUCGGUUUUGAAGAAAGUCGAGUUGGGUUUUGAAAAUAGAGAUGAGGAAAUCGAUAUAGAGGAUGCUCUGGCAUUAGUAGACUGGAAUGAAGGACAACGGAUGAAAUUGGUUUUCAAGUUACACACCAUGCGCCCAGAAUAUUUGGAAUCUGUGAAAAAGUUUCUUCUACAUCUACCAACUUUCACUGAGAUCUUCGUUUAUUAUAAACAAUGUGUCAAUGAAAAUGCGUGUUUGGGAACAAUUAUGGAUAUUCCAAUGCAACAUGAAACUCCCGGUUCGAAGGAGAAGUUCUUUCAGUUUCGACUGUCACAUAGCCUAUUGUUGUCUGAUAAGUAUCAUGUUUAUUUCUUAAGUGAUACUCAUCCAAGUGGAUAUAUUAAAAUUGGGUAUAGAAGAAAAAGAAGCUGGUUAUACGGGAAACAUGAAACUUCUGAGGACAGAAAUUUGUUGUGUCACAAGGCACAAGUUCAAGUUUUGAAUGACUUUGACGUCAACUUCAGAUAUCAGAAUACGUGUUUAGAAGAGUUGAAAUUCAUAUUCUCGUAUAUUGACACUCUUCGAAAGGAGGAAAAUCUGAAGCAAGAGGAUUUCGAGCGUCUCAAUCAACUCACCAUUCAAUUUUUGUGGAAACUUAGAGAAAUUCUAUCAACAAGAAGUCAGUUACUAAAAGUGAAAAAGUUGGAUAUAUUAUGUUGUACCGACGACAAUUUGAUGCAAAUCCUUCCGUAUCUUGAUCCCAAUUGCUUGAAAACAAUCAAACUAAUUGAUCCGAAAGCGGAAUAUGAAAGACUCGGUGACAGAGUUAAGUACAGAGUUAAGUAUCCAGAGACCAUGUUGAAACCGUUUGUACUGGACGAGAUAUGUCAGUUGGAGCAGUGGAAGAACGCGACAGAACUGGAGAUUCGAUCACAGCCAAUAUCCACUUCAAUUCAAAAAAUGAAUAUCACUCACUUCUCAAAAAUUUAUAUGCAAGUGGAAACAAUUAGUUCAGAAGAUGUGUUAUAUCUUAAAGAUCAUCUUCUACUAUCGACCACUUUCCGAGAAUUUCUUAUUCAUUUCAAAAACAAGGCGAUUGACUACGAAACUCUUGUUGGAAUAAUGGGGCCACCGCAUCGAAUCUAUGGAGAUAAUGAUCGUAUUAUCUGGUUUUUCCAAAUGGAAAACAUGUCCCAGAAUUAUCCAAGAAUGUCAUCGAGCCCAAUAACGUCAAUAGGAGUAUUAUAUACCGAGAAAUCACUGAAAUGUGAAUUGUACUUCAAUGAUCCCUAUGGAAAACAGAGUUUCGAGUAUAAGGAAACAAGGAAAAGGAACGACUUUUUGAAAAAUUUCGUUGAAGACCUGGAAGAAAUAAUCAAUAAUCAAAAAUCUCUCGUAGAUUCUCUCAAAAUCAAGUACAGUGGCCUCAAAGAAAACUAUACAAAAGAAAAGUUGGACCCAGUGAUUAACCAGAUAUUCAAGUGUCUGGAAUCGAGAAAAGAACUUCUUCAAGUCAAAAGACUAUCGAUCGAUACAGUUGAUAUGAGUCAGGCAAUGACAGUCGUCAAGUUAUUGGAUCCAUCGGUUUUGAAGAAAGUCGAGUUUGGUUUUGAAAAUAGAGAUGAGGAAAUCGAUAUGGCGGAUGCUCUGGUUUUGGUAAAAUGGAACGAAGGGCAACGGAUGAAAUUGGUUUUCAAAUUGCACACAAUUCGUCCAGAAUAUUUGGAAUCGGUGAAAAAAUUUUUUCUACAUCGACCAACUUUUACUGAGAUCUUCGUUUAUUAUAAACAAUGUGUCAAUGAAAAUGCGUGUUUGGGAACAAUUAUGGAUAUUCCAAUGCAACAUGAAACUCCCGGUUCGAAGGAGAAGUUCUUUCAGUUCCGACUGUCACAUAGACGGUUGUUAUCUGCUGAUUAUGUGAAGUUAACACUGAGCAACGAUUUAUCUGCAAAGGUACUGGGGAACCCAUUGAUUAUGAAACGUGUCAUUCGAUCACUCGGGUUUUGGAAUGUUCAACACCUCCGUAAAACGUCUCGUGGAAUCAGGAGCUGCGUUGACUUCCUCAAACCCGUUACCCACAUUCAUGAAUAUAAUGUUUAUUUCUUAAGUGAUAUUCAUCCAAGUGCAUGUAUUAGAUCUGGAGGAUGUUACAGUACAAGGAGCUGGUUAUACGGGAAACAUGAAACUUCUGAGGACAUAAAUGUACUGUGUCAGAAGGCACAAGAACAAGUUUUGAAUGACUUUGAGGUCAAUUUGGGUCGUCAGAAUACGUGUUUAGAAAAAUUGAAAUUCAUAUUCUCGUAUAUUGACACUCUUCAAAAGGAGGAACCAAGCAUUGAAAAAUUCGAGCGUGUCAAUCAACUUACCAUUCAAUUUUUGAAGAAACUUAAAGAAAUUCUAUCAGCAAGAAGUCAGUUACUUAAAGUGAAAGUGCUGGAAGUAUUAUGUUGUACCGACGACAAUGUGAUGAAAAUCCUCCCGUACCUUGACCCAAAAUGCUUGAAAAAAAUUGAGCUGAUCGAUCCGAGAGCGGAAUAUGAAAGACUUGGUGACGACAGGGUUAAAUACCCAGAGUCCAUGUUGAAACCGUUUGUACUGGACGAGAUAUGCCAGCUGGAACAGUGGAAGAAAGCGACGAAACUGAAGAUUCGAUCACAGCCGAUAUCCACUUCAAUUCAAAAAAUGAAUAUCACUCAUUUUUCCAGAAUUUGGAUAGAAGUGGAUACAAUUAGUUCAGAAGAUGUGUUAUAUCUCAAAGAACAUCUUCUACUAUCGACCAGUUUCCAAAGAUUCAUUAUUGACUUCAAAAACACAACAAUUGACUACGAAACUCUUCACGGACUAAUUGGACCACCGCAUCGGAUCUUCACUGAGACUUCUCGUAUCUGGUUUUUCCAAAUGGAAAUGAAUAAUCAAUUUUUAGAAGUUACCUUGGAUAGAAGGUGUCUCGACUUUGAUCUUGCUGACUACAUAUGA